ACGUCACCGUAUUGUUGUUUUGGUUGUCGAUUCUUGGUUGUCGCACUUUUGCAAUAUCUUCUUUAAAUCAGUCUCGAGUGGAAAACUUUACUAAUGAAUAUUCAUGCGCAGUUCUUUUAGGCAAAAUCUAUGUGAAUCUUAAAAUGUCUUCGAAAGCUGAUACCUUAAAAGAAACUGUGACUGUGCUAAUAAAUGCUGCUGGCGAUAGUGAUAAUUCAGUCAAUAAUGUAGUUAUCAAGUCCUUGACCAAGGUCGCGAACUCGUAUCCCAAUGAGGUGAUAGAAAUAUUCUGUGAAUUCUACAAGAACACAAUCAAGGUGAACACUUCACAGCUGGGCAAUAUUAUAAAAGUACUGGAACAAACAUGCGUCAACCAGGUGAAGAAGCUGGAGAACACAACGGCAACGUUGCUGGUGAACUCCAUGCUUCGGGCCAUGACCGAGAACCCACAGUACGAACCAAUAGUCCAGAUAGGAGCCUCCUCAGUGCUGGUCGCGGUUGGACAUGAACAUUUGGACUUGGUACUCCGUCUACUAAUUAACCAGCUGACCCCAGCGUCGGUCCCGCACUACACCAUCGCUCGAACCCUGGGCACCUUAGCCGCGGUCAACACCUACGCAGUAGUGCCUCACGUCAAGGAGGUCCUGGGCAAAAUGCUGCCACUCCUGCCGCUCGUCCGACACGACGCUGUGAAGCAGGCCUUUGCUUACGCUUUCGGCCACUUCGCAGUUGCGGUCUCGGAACAGAUCGGCGAUAACGUCGAAAACGACAACAUAACAUCGAUCAAAGACAAUUUUGUCACAGAGUUCUCUAUAAUCUUCGACGUGUUGUACAACCAGUGGCUGCCCUCGAACGAGCCGAAGGUGUCAGAGGCGGUUCUCGAAGCACUAGGUCCCAUCACCAGACUCAUACCCGAAAGGCAAUUCAACGAGACAGUCAACAAAUUUGUCCUCUCAUUGCUGUCUUUGUACCGUAAGCCAACGAUAAACGCCUACUACAUCAGUCAAUGUAUCUCGUACCUACUGUCGCCAUCGCCUCUCAACCCCAAACUGAGCUUAAACGACAGCGUAAUAAACUCAAUCAACCACGUCCUAUUCAAUUUGAUCCUAGUAGAGCCAGAUUACGAUCAGCCGCAUACGGUGAAAAACCAUUUCGAAGUAUUACGCUGCUUCGAUCAUAUGGCAGGGCAGUUUCCUGACCAAACCAUUGAGAGUCUUCUCCAUCAGUGUAAGAACAACCAGGAAAAAGACCGGAUGAAAGCAGUCAUUAUUCUGACCCACUUGACGACUUCGUCACAAGUAUUUGUAGAAAAUUAUGCCGUCAAGUUCAUCGCCAUAUUAAAGGUCAUGACGACAAUGGAGCAGGGCUUGAAAAUGAAGAAGUUGCUCGUGAAAGCUAUCGUUGGUUUGGUCUAUAGAAACUGCAUUACAUCUGCCGAAGAUUUCAUUAUGGUCGAGUUCAUUAUAAAACACUGCGGCUGUGAAGGCCCUCCGAAUGUGCCGAAGAAUGAAAUCGAGGAUUUGCACAAUACGUACAAAAGUUCCCUUAUUCUCAUGUGUAACACGGUGACGAGUGUUCGCACACAAUUGAGAAGUUUACUCCUAGCUGCACUUACCGUUGAUGACUUUACCUCGUCCAUGUCGACUGUUAGCCAAUGCCUGACAUCGCUGCUACAAAACAAUUCCGACGCAGGCGAGGAUGAUCAGAAAGAAACACUAAAAGAUUUGAGGUACACCCCCGACCAAGUCUUCACAAGAUGCAUAACUUACAUAGCAGACCCUGAACAGAUAGAACGAAACAAGAAUUUGCUCAUAUUCCUUGAAGAAUAUUCUGGAGAUGUCCAUAAGAAUUUGAAAAACUCCUGGACUGUUGAGAUUCAAAGACUUCUGAAGUUUGUCGACAAAAGCGAAUCAAAUGAACAGUGGCAUAACAUGCUUAUAGAUCUCUUAGAAUCAGCUAUAGAGAAUGUGAACAAUAACAAAUGGGUGGAAAAUAUAGCCGCUUUGAUAACGCAACAAGUUCUGUCCAAAAAGCAGUCGCCAAUUAUCAAGGGAAUGUCUUUACAAUAUCUGGCCAUAUUGACGUGCCAUAUGACUAACGCUGCAGUGAUAGAAAACGUUUUGAAGAUUAUUCUCUUCGCCCUUAAAUCCAUUCCGAUGGAAAGCGUCGACUACGUCAGCAAAGCGAUAGGAAUAGCUUCCAGACAACAUGGCGAGUUUGUUCUCAACGAACUCGAUGCCACUUACAAGGAGAACGAGUCGAAGAGAGGCAAUAAAAUCCUUAACUUCUUAUCAUCUAGAAAUUCUAAGAGCGAAGUAGAGCUUAGCUCUGUAAAAUACGCAGUGAUCACUUGCUACGGAAAAGUAGCUGAAAACUGCUUGGAUGUGCACGUUUUGGCGAGGUUAGGUGAUAACGUUACAUCAAUUUUGUUCGAAAUUUUGAAGACCAACCCUCCCUUUGAUUUGUGCAAAGCAAGUGUCACCACCCUUUACCAAAUUAGCAAGGCCUUAUAUCCUGCAGCCCACCACAAUGUGGCUCUCAGGAAUCGCUGGCAACUCCUGAAUGCUGUUCUUGAACAGAUUUACAAUCCGAAUUUGGACAGAUGCAACGUGGAGCUGUAUCCUAUAGUCGUAAAAGCUUCGAAGAGUCUAACGAAGUUACAAAAGGGUAUCCUGCCUGAGGAGAGAAACACGAUCCUUAGGGUGCUGUUUAGUAGCAUUUUUGAGGAGCUGUCCUCAUUCAAAAGGAAAUACGAAGUCGAAGGGAACGGCGACAAAAACGAUCGUCUUGCCAAAACCCUAAACGACAGCUUGACUUUACUUCACCAUCUGAUUAGGGAGCUGAUACUCCAGUCGACCUGCCUAAGCACGAUUGACGAUCUGAUCGGUUUGCUGAUAGAGUGGCUUCGUCACGAAAACGAUGAGAUCCGAACUGCAUCGGUGUUGAUUCUGCAAGUGAUAUUCGACACGUAUAUCAAAAACGUCAAACUGAACUACGAAACUCCCAGCAAAUUCGGUCAGAUGGGCUACUUGUUGGGUUUGGUCGUUCCAGGAGUUGCGGAUACCAAUUUCGCGGUGAGGCUCACAACAAUAGAUUGCAUUAAACUCGUGAUACAAAUCCAGGAUUUGUAUGAGGGGCAUACUAUCGAGCCGGACGAUGAAUGCAUGGCUGAUCUGGCGAAUCUUCAGAAUAAUGUAUUAACGAAUGAUAUCAACAUGAUUGUUGAUUACUGUGUUGCAUUAUGCAAUGCAAUAUCGAUGAAGAUUCCUCAUCAUCAUACGAUGCAGUUUGUGGAGAGCCUGUUGGAAGGUUACGAUGACCAGGAGUUCAGGAGUGUAGGGAUAAGCGCAGUGCUGGACGCUUUCUUCGUGAAGAAGGGGCAGGACUUGUACCAGACUAUUGAGAGGAUAAUCGAGGUGAUGCUGAAUACUAUGGAUGCAGUGGGCGAGGACGCACAGCAGCGCUUGAUGAAGCCGCUGACGUCACUGACGCGCCAUCACUCUAACGCAGUGACGGCCGUGCUGUUGGCGCAGAGGAUUCCUUUGAAACCAUGCGUGGUCUCCUGCUGGCGAUACCUGGCGCGCGACGAAGCGUUGUCUGGAGCGAUCGUGGACAACUUCUUACGGCUGAUGACGUCAGUAGAGCUGUACGAGGACCCUUACCAUAUAACUGACAACCAUAUAGCCGCGCUCCAGCCCUUGACUCUAAUAAGUGCAUUAGGAGAAAUGCUUCAAGAGCCGACCAUGAACGAGACCUGUGUGGCCAAGUUCGCAGACCUUUUCUCCGUUCUCUACACAACACUAGCCUGCUACAUAGAAGCGGAACCGCCCGCGUAUUCUCUACCAGCCAACCGCGCGCAAGAGAGGCUCGGUUUUGUCCCCAACAGGGACUCCAUAAAGAUGUCUCCGGCCAAGAUCACUGUGAACACUUUCAACGCGUUUUUGGAGAGGGCUAACUGUUAUAAGGUAAAGGAAGCUUGUUCGCUCUGCCUGAGCAUCGAGCAUGGCGACUCCUCCACCACACUCCUCGAACUGGCUCCUAUCCUAGGGGGUUCCCUGAGCAGGGAAUGCCCCCAACACUUGGCGAGGGUAGUCUCAAAGAUCGCAACUUAUGCGCGCUCGCCGUUACCCCCGCAAAGAUGCGCUGCGCUUGCGCUGUUGGCUGAUCUACUGAACUAUAGAUGCAACAACAACCCAGUUCUCAUAGAGACCGUGCUAGCCACUCUGAACACCGGCUGGAAGGAUGAGCACCCUCGCGUAAGAGCCGUCUGCCUACGAGGUGCCGCUAAUGUAGCUCGUCUCUCUAACUCCCAUCGCGCCAUCGCCCUGCCGCCAGCCCUGGCGGCUUUAAGCCAGGGAGUCGACGCACCGCACACUCAAUCACCAUCAGAUAACGUGCCUCUAGCCGCCAUACAAGGUUUAACCAGGCUUCUAGUAGAGACAGAGAAACUUGACAAGGAGUUCGAACGCGAACUUCUCUCGAUAUCUCAGAAAAUCCGGCCGUUUAUGAACACUGAAUGCGCGCAGCUUAGGGAGGCAUCCAUUAGGCUGUUCGGAGUGAUCGCCGGGAGGGUCAACGCGGAAGGCUUAGCAGAGCAGUCGGUGGCAUCCCUGCCUUGCUUCCUGCUGCAUUUGUGCGAUAACAACCCUGCUGUCGUGAGGGCCAGCAAAUUCACAAUCAAACAAGUGUUCAAAACGUUCAACGUGAAGAAAUCAAACGACCUGGUCCAAACACAUCUCCUGGACGAAGGAAGGCUAUACCUGGACGAGUUCUUAUCAGCGCUGGUCCGUCAGUUGGCUGAGGAGAUGCCAGCCAGUGUGCCCAAGUGUCUGCAGACUGCUGUCAACUACCUCCACUGUGCUAAGGAAGAGAUGAAGCCACACCCACCUUUACUUCUUGGCCUCCUCUACGCCGAGUUAUACCGCAUCAGAGAGAAGGCGUCCGAAGACUCGGAUUUAGACCCGGACGUGACCCGAAGCGCCCGGACACGUCUGCUCCAACUCAUCAAGGAUUCCAAUCCGCUGGUGCGACAGAACUCUGCCCUCGCCCUGGCAAAUAUCAGCCUGGUAAUGGCGCAGGACGGAUGACUGGGCGAGAGGAUAUGCUUCGAGUACAGUCGUGGAAGGUACGUGCUGAGGAUGAAGUAGUUUGGGUUGGGUACAGCGUCAAACAGUUCGUGACACAAAAAGUGUCCAAAAAGUUGAUAAUACAACCUUAUUCCAAUGAGGGUUUUCGCGAAUGAAAGAUCCGCUAGAUGGCGGGACGUGGAUGUGGGGUCUGACUGCUGCGAGAUUGGUGGAUUUUGACAUAUCUGUCAAUGUCAUGUCAAAAAUAACCAAUCAUGCAGCAUUUGGACCUCGCGUCUACGUGCCGCCAUCUGGCGGAUUUUUUAUUCGCGAAAACCCUCAUUGUAACAAAGACGUGUUGCGAACUUUUUGGCUACUUUGGGUGUCACGAACUAUUUGACACUGUACAGCGACAGCACACUACAUUUUUGUUGUAAAGUGAUGCUUAUUGCAACUACGUAAAAUCAAGCAGUGUUUAGCUUAGCGUACUGUCAAAAUGGGACGCGACGUUAAAACGUACAUGUUAUAGAUGACCCACGCUGAACUGUCUCACCAAACUCAAUGACAGGGGGGCGCUACCAUCGUUCAUCUAUAUGGUUUCCAACAUGGCAAAAAUCGGAACCAGCGAUCCGGUAUUGACGGUGGCGCCCCACUGUCAAUGUCAUGCGUAGGACAGUUCAGUAUUUUGGAACUAUAGCGUGCCGUCGUUACAUCACAGUCAAAGUGGAGGGUAGUUGACACAUUUAUGAGAUUACACUAACGCUCGUAUUCACAAACAUUACUAUGAGGUCUCACAGCGCGCGUGGCACACGAACCAAUCGCAGAACGAUUCAACGCUGUGCGUUCGAUUUGCUGAUUUACUUAAGCAAGCAUCGUUUGUGAAUACGGGCGUAAAUCACUUCCUAUCUAGUCCUGAGAAACCCAGUUAGUUUUAAAUUCACAACAUUGUUAAUUCAAUUUCAAAGCUGAAAUUCAAAUUCAAUUCAUAAAUAGUUAUUCCAUUGGGUUAAACAUAUGAUUUCAUUAAGAUUCCUAUUGCUAAGAUCGACGAUUGGUGGUGUCAGCUACCCUAUAAUUAUUUGACGAGUUUAGUGUCAUAGUUAUCCAACUGACAUUUUAAUAAAUGACACGAGAAGUUGAUAUGCGCGUCGUGUGCAUUUAUACAGUGAAAAAAAAAUACAUUUGGAUCACUAUGAUAGCUCAGAAUAAUGUAUUGUCUUUUCGGUCGUUUUAAUAUUUCGAUGUUUAUUUGGUGAUCAUUGUUAUUGCACGAUUUUGUAUUUGUUAAGACAGUUCUGUAUUAAAAAUAUAUUAAAAACGGAUUAAGAACAAUAUUGACGUAAGAUCCCAGUGAACAAAUUGACUUUCAACCUUAUCCUUGAGCAAUAGAGGUCAAAGUAUAUUGGGAUAUGUGUGUCAUAGGUUAAUCUGCUACUGACCGUACAAACUGAAAGAGACUUGUAAUCUUCUAGAAUAUCUUCAUUUGGAUAUUAUAAUGAGAAGUAAAAAUUACCGAUCAUUAAAACAAAAUUUCCUCGAUUGUGCAUCACAUUUAGUUAGAAUUAAAACGCAAUAAACGUAUAAUCCACUGUCAUUUGUCACCAACUUUUACAGUC